CAGCUUUCGGUUAGGAACGGGAACGUGGGUAGCCUUUCAACCCUGAAGUAUUGGCAUGCGGCCGCUGCAGCCGAGGGCCUGGCUUUCGGGCCUAGGCCAGGCUUCUCGUUCGCCAUGGAGACAUGAAUCUGUUUCAAGCAUAAGCAGCAGCGUGCGGAGUCCUGCGGAAGCGGAAGCGCAGCCUGCUGAGAGCGGCCUUGGUGAUGCACAGUUCUUGCAGCUCUUGUCAAAGAGCUUCAGGCCGGCACAAAUCGGCGACUCCGCGCCAGCCACGCGACCGCUGCUCGCAAAUUUGCCGGCAGCUGCUGAUCUUAUGGAGCAGGCUGUGCCUCAGACACCGACCGCGGAACCCGUCUAUGACUUGCCAACUUUCAUGGCCUCCAACUACCCACACGCCGGCGUCCACCCUCGCAACCCCGCCUACGACUGGCGCGUAUGGGCCCGCAGCAACCUCAGCGUGGCUCCCCGCGCCUCCUCCGCACCCCAGCAGCAGCAGCAGCGACUGGACGCGCAGCAGCAGCUGGCGCUGCUGCUGCAGGUGGAUGCGCACAUGCAGCUGCCGGCCUCACGCGAGGUCAUCACGCGGCUAGCAAAGCUGGAGCUGGCGCACCUGUGGCACUACCAGCAGCAGCAGCUGAUGCAGGCGGGCGCUCCCGCGACCUCCGCCAGCCUGGGGGAGUCCGCAGGAUCCAAAGAGCAGCAGCAGCAAGCAGCCCCCUCUGCUGCCACUGCUGCCGCGACUCCUUCCUCCUCCUCCGCUGCUACUGCCACUGCGAGCUCCCCUCCUGCGGCAGCUGCCCCGGCUGCCAAGGCGGCUGAGACUGAGGUUGCUGCCGACGACGACGACAUCUUUGCCGCGGCGGACCGUAAGGCCCGGGAGAGGCGAGCUGCGGCGGAGGCGGCAGCGGCGGCUGCCGUACAGCAGCAGGCGGCCGCGGGCGGCGAGACGGCUGCAGUGCAAAGCAGCAAGGACCCCUUCUCCUCGCUUCCCCCCGAGGUGCAGCUGCGGCUGCGGGAGCUGCAGCGGCGGGCGGAGGCGUUCGGGGGCAAGCGGGGCAGCCUUGCGGAUGUCGUGAGGGGUGUGGCCGAGGCGUUCGACGGGCGUGUUCCCUCGGACCUGGCCCCCUCCCCCUCCCCCGACCUGGGGGACGCGAGCGCCUGGCUGGCGCCUGCAGCCGCUCCCAUUGCUAGUGGCAGGCCCGGCAGCGGCAACCCCGCGGAUGUGGCCCUCUUGCAGCAGCAGCAGGCCAACCCCUCCGCGUCGUACUGGGCAGACCACCCCAUGAUGUCGUACACCGACCUCAUUGUGGCGCUGGCGCACCGCGAGGGCGCAGCGGCGCGCAGGGCGGCGGCGGCGGGGCCGGCGGGGAGCGCCAGCAUUGCCGCAGCUGUAGCGUCCCUGAGCGCCUCCCUCCCCCGCGCUGGCAGCAGCAGCAGCAGUGCGGCCCCUCCCGCCACCCCGGUGCUGUCACUGCUGCUGGACUACCUGGGCACCAAGUACCAGGACCUGCUGCAUGCGUGGGAGGUCGCUGCGCGCCUGGAGGCUGCCGCGGCCCGCUCCCAGCGCGCCGCCGCCCGCCAGUCCGCCACCGUCGCCGUGCCCGCCACACCCGAGGCAGCGCUACAGCAGCUGCUGCCGCCCACACUCGCGGCGGAACUGGAGCGGACAUGGGCCUCCGACGGUUCGUCUUCUUCCGCCUCGUCCUCGCUUAGCACAUGGCAGCAGGCGCGGGAGGAGCUGCUGCGGCAGGCGGCAAAGGUAGGAGCAGCAGGAGCGGCAGCUGUGGGUGAGAGUGACCCACGGGUCGCGGCGGAGCGCGCCAUGGCGCCGUUGCUGGCGGCUGCGGCAGCUAAGCACCGGGCUCUGCUCGGCGGCGAUGAGCCCGUUGCUGCUUCGGUCUCGGGCAGCGGGGUUGGCAGUGUCGGAGAGGGUUCAGCUGCUGCAUCAGCGGUAGGAGCAGCGGGCGCUGCCGGAGUGGUUUGCUUCCGGGAGACGCUGGUGCUGGAUGCGAGCUCGGCGUUUGAUGACGGCUCGCAUGACCCCAGGGUCACCCUGGAGUUCAGCCCUGCCCGCCUCGCCGCCGCCUCCCCAGCCCUGGGUGGCACCUGGGGCGCAGCCUUCCUCCGCCGCCUGCUCGCACAGCCCGUGUGGGCCGAGGCAGCAGGCAGCACCAGCCGACCCAUGGGUCGCAAGCGCCGCAGCGAUGUCGCACGCUCUGCUGCCAUGGCGGCGGCCUAUCCGCUAGACGUGGAUCGCAGCUACUGCCGCCAUACGGAUACAGCAGUGCUCAGUACGGCACGGUACGGCAGUCGGGAGGCGAACCGCAAGCUGCUGCUGGAGCACUAUGCUGCGCUGCUGCGGGCUACGGCGGUGGCGGCUGGAGGGAGCGCGCAGUGAGAGGAGGGAGUAAGGAUGGCAAAGGGAAGGGGGAGGAAUGAGGGAAGGUGCGAUGGGCACUCGAAUGCUCAUAUGCGUCUCGCUGUUGUGGCGGAGUAGGGGAUGAUGGUGUCUGGAAGGAGGAAGCUGUGAGGGCGGUUGAUUAAAAUAAUGGUGCGAGGACGAGGAGGGAGAGGCGGAUGUAGGAGAGAGGUGGCGAUGGUGUGGUCGUCACCCAUACGGGUCUUGCGGGUCCUUACGGAGCCUUGCUUGGGAUUGGACGAGGAAGGGGCGCACGGCGCAACGACAAAUGCGGGCGUAGUUUUGUUCGAAAUUGUUCGAUGUGGAGGGGUUCUCCUGAUUCCCCUGACUAGAGAGUUACAGAGGCACCGACUCAGGGCGGUGGCAACCCCGGCAGCGGUGUGUGCAGCAGGGAAGCUGCCGGUAUUGGGA